AUGUGGGCAGCGGCAGCACGCGACGUGUCUUCGCAGUCGCCUCCUCCGCCCUCUGAGCGCCACUUGAGCAUCACAGACUCGAUUGCGUCUACUACAGUUGAAGAAAUCAAAGAACGAUACCGGCUAUCUACAUAUGACCACCCUAACCGUGCCUCCAAUGGGCCCCCUCGCCUUCCCCAUGCCCGACGCGACUCGAUAUUCAGCUUCAACACCAACUGGACCGGGGACGAAGCGUUCAGCAUCUCGGACUUUCCUCCUCCACCUGCCAUGAUCCCCCGAUUUGGACCUGCCAUAGCCUCUUCGGUUGGUCAUUUGCCUCCCAUCCCGGAUACGAACAGAGAUAGGGACCCGCCCAAUUCGGCUGCGACAUACACUGAUACACUCGGCUAUAUACAUUCUCCCGGUCCAGUCGUCCAGUCCAGUGCGUACAGCAGCUCGAGCCACCUUCCUUCGCACUUCAACUCGCGCCCCAACACUGGGUCUAAUAAUCCUCACUCUCGGCCGAGCACCGGUAAUGCGCAAGGGCUGACCGUGCAGAUCGACCAUGCUCCCUCCCAUUCGGAUCGUAUACAAAUCGUGACCGGGCCGAGUCCUACCAGUCCAGCGUUCAAGUCCUCGGCGUCUGUCAGGGCAGACUCUGUACUCCAAGGGUCUGCCAACUUGUCCCCGAAGCCGACGCAUGAGCAGGCAGAGCGUGUGUCUCCGACGAUACCCAGUCCCAGUUCGCAGUACUUGGUUCCUUCGCCUUCGUCCGCUGCUUACACACGCACUCUUCACACCCACACACAGCACUCGCCCACCGACACUGCGACAGGGAUAUACACCCACAACCGACCCAGUCCAACAACCUCGGAAAAAGUUCCUGGUUUCCCCGUUGUCCCUCCUUCCCCUGCCACCGCUGCUUUUCUCCGCGAACCUGUCGCUCCCCCAAGUACCCACACCUCCCACGAAGGUCUCCUCGAGCCCGGUUUCAUCAGGUCCCUUAUGCGGGGGAUUGAGCGUGACGAGCAUGACGGGUUCAGUCUUGAGGAUCCAUCCGAAGGUCGGUACGCCAGUGUGCACGCCAGGGACUCGUUCGCUUCGACUUCCUACCGAGACUCGCUCGCUUCCUCUGCCUAUCCCCGCGAUUCAUUUCAGGCACGUCACCACCCGUACGACUAUUCCGUCGAGGACCUCCGUACCCAGACCGAAGACCUCGAAGAGCUCGAGCCCCCACGCGUCUUUUUUCGACGCGCCCCCGCAGCGAGUUUGCCGUCUUCUCCGCGCAGUUCGUUUAGUCUGAGUGUUCGGAGCGGGGUCACUGGGCGAGCAGGGUGGGGGUCCGAGGCCGUUCCCGAGGUUCCCAAGAUCCCAGACGCAUUUCGACAGCCUCAACCCAAGCGGCGUUCGAUCGUCAGUACCACCACGGGUAUCACGGCCACGGGCACAGCGACGGGGACGGGGACCGGCACGGAAGAAACGGGCGUAGUCCAGCAUGCCGUCCUUGUUCGAACGGCGAGUUAUCGUGCCCCUGCGGUGUACAAGACGACCGACGAGUUGCGCGCCGGGGCCGUUUCGCCCGGUGGACUGUUAGCUUCUCCCGUGUCCCCCAAUACGUUGUCUCCUGUUGCGGCGACGGCCAUGAUGGGGCAACCACCCCUCGCGAGUCCGCUCCCCGUUUCCCCACUCACCCGCGCCCCAUCGACGUCCACAUCGAUACCCUAUUCGUACAAUGGAAAAACAUCCCCUAUCCCCUACGCAGGUCGCAAAGACCUCGGUUCGGCCCACGUCCGGACGACCAGUCGGGAUUUGACCAUGGGCAGUGGAGGCGGUGGAGAUGUCGUCCGGAGGAAGAGCCAGCUUGCGGCGCUGCACUUGUCCAUUCCUGGUCCGCGCGCGAGGGAGAGGGAGAGGGAAAGGAGUGUGGUUGUGCAUGAAGAGGAUGGGGACGAGUUGGUCUAUGUUCGUGGGGAUGAUGUGGAUCGGGAGCGUGCGGGGAGGGAGUCGCAAUAUCAUCGGGAAUCACAAUAUAAUCGGGAAUCGCAGUAUCAUCGGGAAUCGCAAUACAACCGGGACUCACAGUACAAUCGAGAAUCGCAAUACAGCCCCCGGGAAUCGCGCUACGACAUGCGCGGCUCGCGAUACGCCGACUCGUACCUCGACAGUCCGUACAUGGCGCACUGGGCCGAUCUGGCUUCUCCGAGCGAGAUCACCCCCGCGCUCAGGGACUCGAUGAUCAACGAUACGGCGUCGUAUAUGCGGCCUGGUGGGGGGAAGAGUGCUGGGUUGCGGAUUUCGGCUGGGUUGGGUAGUCCUAGUGGCGCGAUGCACAGUCCUGGUGGGUUACUGCACAGUCCUGGUGGGUUGUUGCAUAGUCCGGCGUUUCCUAGUCCUGGCGGGAGUUUGAGCACACCAGGAACGCCCUUUCGUCCACCGUUUGCGACUCCGAGCUCUGCACCCGCCACACCCGGCCACGGACACGGCCCCGCCUCGCUCUCCAUCUCCGGAUCCAACCUCGACUCGCCGCGGCACGCCAAGCGCGCAUCCGGCAUCUCCUUUGUCUCGUCCGUCUUUUCCAAGUUCUCCGGCCACGCGAGUGCAGGCCACAACACAGGCACCAAGGGAUUCCAGUUUUCGUGGAGAAACGAGCCGGUCCCGCCCAUGCCCGCGGUCACGGUCCGGAACGAGGAGACGGCGUCGAAUAUUGUGCGAAAGGAAGGGACGAUGGAGUUGCCCCAGCUCGCGCACCGGGCGGAAAGGCUGAAUGAGAUGCUCGAGUUGGGAAAGUUGCCUCAUCGGAGCAAAUCGACUCUUGGGGUGGCGAGUGCGCCCGGGAGCGGGGGCGGGAGGGUAGCAGACGUGCCGGUUGGAGUGGACCAAGAAGGAAACGACGUUUCAGGCGAAGGGUACACCGACGAGAAAGCGCUCCGACGCACACGAAGUCUUCGCUCGGUGUUUACGACUCUGUCUGACCGUUCCAGACGGUUCAUCCCGGGCGCCAGCGCCGGCGGAGCAUCGGGUAGCCUGCGGUCGAGUUUGGUGGAUAUUCCGGGCCAGCAGCAUCAGCGGUUCAAUAAGCUUCCCGAGGAGCAUCGGCAGGAGCGGAAAGUCACUUGGGGGGAAGGGACGGGUGUGCCCCCGCCUCGGCCAGAACGGACCAAGACGAGGAGGUUGCCGAGGAAGAGGUUGUUGACUCUCCUGGCGAUUGCGGUUGUGGCGCUUUGUGCUAUUGUGGGUGUGAGCGUUGGGUUGACGAGGGGGCAUGGGCGGGAACCGGAUGCUGCUGGGUAUACGUGUCCUUUGGCGAGCCAGACGGGGCAACUUUGCGAUUUAGAUGCGACGUGCGCAUGUACGUCUUCACUUGCUGGACAGUGCAAUCCGCUCGCCCAGGUCUUGGUCGACUUGGUGGGGCCUGUGAAUAAGCUUUUCGAUCCUUCGCCCGCGUUCACGCCUUCGUCCGUCGCGCUUUCCCUUUGGGAGAUCCAAGGAAGUCCCCUACCAGGCGCGAAUUGCGCAAACCAAGCCGAUCUGGUCGAUGUGGGCCCGGCAUUGUCCGCGGCCCAAGGGUCCGUAUCCGCCAACCGCACCGAAUUCGCACGCAGCGCAUUGCUCUGGACACUCGUCAUGACCAUGAGCCCCAACUCGACGGAGCGAAUGCAACAGUUUGUGAAACAGCUCGACUUUACCAAGCUCGAAGCCGCCUCGUUGGACUCGUCGGUCCAUGGCGAGUUUCUGUUCGGCGCGGCCGGGUACCAGAUUGAUUUCGCGCGCAUGACCGUGUCCCAGCCCGCGAUCACCUGGCAGUCGUCUGCGAAACCGAGUACGGACCAGGUCGCGCUCGUCUCGGAGGAUUUACGCAAGGCGCUCGAUCGGGUGUACACGUUUGCUACUGCAUCGUCUGCUCAGAGGAGCUCGGCGCUCGCUCGUUAUUGGACGAAUACGCUCCAAUUCACCAGUUCGCAACUUUCGGAUUUCAGACGGAUCGCGAGUGUCUCGCCUGUGCUUUUGCCCUUUGAUGCAACCUCGUCGGCCGUGCGAUCGCUCUUUUCCAAUGUGAAUGGGAGCUUCCCUCCCCCUGCUGCGUGCUAUCCCACUUUGAGCACUGAUGAACUGAAUGCCGUCAACGCGAUGGAAACGGGUGUCUUUGGGCUCACCAGGACCGGCUCUGUUCCCUCGGCUCUCAACCCGAACUGUUUCUCCUCUCGUCCGGUGUACGGGGUCUUGGAUAUCGCACGCCUUCGCUCAUCGUUUGGUCCCUCUGAGAAAGACGCACCCAAGCAAGCGGUUCAAGUGGCUGCCAAUGCGACCUCACGUGUGUCUGUCAGACUUGGACGUGAUGGUGCGGGGCUCCCCUUGACAUCAGUCGCGACCGCGAAUCUCACCGGCUCUGAUGAUGCGCGCACGUUUGGAACGAUUAGUAACAUGGACCACGUCUUGCUCACUUACCUUCAAGCCUUUCCAUCUAUCCAAGCCGCGGGAGCGCUCAUCGACCACGUCUUGGCUUCUUCCGACCUCAAGGCACCUCCUCCGACAAACACUUCUGCGCUGUACAAUCUAACCUCGGGCUUGACCGAGUUGCCCAUCCUCGAAGUCGCGUUCUUUGGAACGGUCGGGCCGGUGGAUCUCGCGUCUGCGUCUGCGGACUUUGCGUCCCCUUCUGGAGAGUUAUUUUUCGGGUCGAGUGCGGGGGAUGCGUUUCGUGAAUGGGCGGUCCAGCGGACGGGCGAGGUGGUUUGGUACGACGGGGCCGCUGCUACCCAGGUCGUUCGAGAAGGCCGGACUCGAGACAGUACGUUUGAAGACGUAUGGAAAGGCGCCAACGGUCUACUAUCCAAUGCCGAGACGACGGGUGUCAGGACGUCCCGCCCCGAGGUGGCCAGGAUCGUCAAUGUGUUUACAACGAUUGGGUACAUGGGCUCUUAA